UGGAACCCGUGCUGUCAACCGCUGACCGUAGAUUUCCUUUGGCAAGAUGGGUCAGCAUCAAGGAGAUGACCAGGCAGGUGACGACCCAGUGCUCCGCAUCAUUGACCAGAUAGGCAGAUUGGCGCCGGAUCAGCUGGACAGAGUCCGAAGGGCCGUCUUUUUUGGCAGCAAUGCCAACUUGAAGGACCUGGACCGCUCAGCCUUCAUCAUGAACCGGCCCAGCUCGCCAAGGGGACGGCCUGGCAAUGCCUCACCUAAGGAGAGAUCCCCGACCGGCAAGCAAGCGGCGCAAGUGGGAUACCCGAUUGAUGAGGACACAGGCGUGCACUCUCAUCAACCAAGUCCCUCCAGCCGUCAGCUGAAGCGAACCGUCAGUGACACCGACCAUCCCAUCGACGUGCUUCUGCGGGAGAAGGGAAACAAUACGGAGCGGUACUUGGUGGUGGUGUCCUCUCUCUCGCUGGAUUGGAAGGAACUGGUGAAGAUCCCAGGGGUCAGCAACUAUGAGCUGCGACUGCUGUGGCACCUCUUCUUCCUUCGCUCCAGCAAGAUGCAUGUAGUGAUGUGCACAUCUCAGUAUAUUCCUGAGGCGUUGAUCAAGUACUACCUGAGCUACUUGCCCGGCAACGUGGACUUGGAGGAGGCCAGAAGCCGACUGACCACCAUCUGUUGCAAUGAUCAUUCUGCGGGCAGUGUGACGCAGAAGUUGCUGACGCGGCGGCGGACGCUGGAGCGCAUCAAGAAUGCCAUCAACCCCGAGACGGCGGCGAUGACGUGCUUCAACUCCACAGAUGCAGAGGUGGAGCUUGCCAAGGAGCUGGGGGUCCCGCUCUUCGGCACGGACACGCAGGGUGCCUUCUGGGGCACCAAGACGGGGAACCGCCAGAUCUUCAGAGAAGCAGGCAUCCCUCAUCCGGAUGGCAGCUACGACGAGAUCUACGACGAGCUGUCCUUGGCGAAGGAGAUCCUUGCGCUUUUAAGGCGGAACCCCACCGCUCAGAAGGUGAUGGUGAAGCUGAACGACUCUUUCAGCGGUGAAGGGAAUGCGGUGUUGCGGGUUGACAAGGAUCUCGCGGCAGCUGCCAAGGGCACGGACGAAGUCGCAGUACCAGCUAUCCUGGAGAAGCUGCACAGCUCUCUUGAGUAUGUAGCGCCAGGCCUCACCUGGGCGCGGUACUACUCCCAGUUCCAAAGCCUUGGCGGCGUGUGUGAGGCCUUCAUCGAAGGCGCGGCAGAUGCAAAAACUUCACCAUCUUGUCAAGCCUUUCUAUCUGGAGCUGGUGUGAGGAUCCUGGGGACGCACGAGCAGAUGCUGAACGGGCAAAUUUACACCGGGUGCAAGUUCCCGGCCUUCCAAGAGUAUUCUGCUGACCUGAUCACAGAGACUCUGAAGAUUGGCAAGGAGAUGAUCAGGCACGAGGUUGUCGGCUACAUAUCCGUUGACUUCGUUUCAGUGCGGCAAGAUGAUGGUAGCUACAAGCAUUGGGCUAUUGAGAUCAACGUGAGAAUGGGUGGCACCACGUUGCCCAUCAUGACGUUGAAUCUCCUUUGCGAGUCUGGCGCGCUGAACGACCGUACUUCCGAAUUCAUCGCCAGCGAUGGGAAGCCAAGGUACUACAUUGCCUCGGACACCCUGCGAAAACCAUGCUACAAAGGCCUGGUUAUCGAAGACUUGCUGGACAUCAUCAAGAGACAUUCGGCGGAAAUCGAGUGGAACUGCCGACCCGAAGCGCCUGAGACAGGCGCCAUCUUCCACUUGGUGACUCUUCUCUCGGAGCUGGGGAAGUGCGGCUUGGUGUGCGUGGGCCGGACUCGAGAAGAGGCUGAGCAGAUCUUCGGGAGGGUCAAGGAGAUUCUGGACAACGAGGUGGAGGCAGAGGCUGAGAUCAGCCUGGUUGUGGAAGGUGACAGCUCAGACAUGCUGAGCUGAGGCGACGUGAAAUUUGGGCCUUAUGCCUGUGAAGGCGGCCUUCGCACGUGGCUCUUUUUGCUUGUGCCUUUUGUUUUGAAUGCCGGUUCCGCUGCAUUUCAGUAUUCCCAGAUACUCCAGGUACAGUACGCGUGUGGA